GUUUUUGGCGGUAACACAAGCCAAAAACGGUCGACGCCGGACUCCAUGGGAGAAGAAGCAUCAGCAGCUGAAGCUGUAGCUAAUCAGCGACUGACGACGUCCGACCCAGAAAGCGGUGAAAUUACUGAAAAGCCAGUGGAAGAGCAAGAGCAAGAGCAAGAGCAAUCAUCCUCCUACUCAUGGCCAAUAAUCAAUUUCCAAGUACCUCCCUACAGGACUUACCAUUUCUUCAAUCAGUUCAGGACCAAUUCUUCCAUCCCUAACAAUUUUCUCAAGGCCGUCAAAUGGUCGCCGGAUGGUUCUUGCUUUCUCAGCUGCUGUGACGAUAACACCCUUCGAGUAUUCCCAUUGCAAUACUAUGAAAGUGGCAGCAAUCUGGACUCUUGUUCUUCUGCUUCGGAUGCUGAUUCAUACCCUGCAAACCUUGUCAUUGGGGAGGGAGAAUCGGUAUACGACUAUUGCUGGUAUCCCUACAUGUCUGCUUCAACUCCAGACACCUGUGUAUUUGCAAGUACUACACGCGACCAUCCUAUUCAUCUCUGGGAUGCUACAUCAGGACAGCUUCGUUGUACAUACCGUGCAUAUGAUGCUAUGGAUGAGAUUGCUGCUGCCUUCUCAGUUGCCUUUAACCCUGCUGGAACUAAGAUUUUUGCUGGAUAUAACAAGUUUAUUAGAAUAUUUGAUGUUCAUCGCCCUGGAAGAGAUUUUAAACAGCUUUCAACUCUUCAAGGAAAUAAAGAAGGACAGUCAGGUAUAAUAUCCUCAAUUGCUUUUUGUUCAAGUAAUUCAGGAAUGCUAGCUACAGGGUCAUAUGAUCAAACUACUGCAAUAUAUAGAGAAGAUAAUAUGGAGUUGCUAUAUGUCCUGCAUGGCCAAGAAGGUGGUGUCACACAUGUGCAGUUUUCAAAAGAUGGAAACUACUUGUAUACCGGAGGGCGAAGGGAUCCUUAUGUACUGUGCUGGGAUAUCCGCAAGGCUGUUGAAAUUGUUUACAAGCUGUAUAGAUCAACUGAAACUACCAAUCAGCGGAUACAUUUUGAUAUUGAGCCUAUGGGCCAACAUCUUGCAACUGGUGGUCAGGAUGGCUUGGUUCAUGUGUAUAAUCUACAAAAUGGCCAGUGGGUAUCAAGUUUUCAAGCAGCAUUAGAUACUGUAAAUGGUUUCGCUUUCCAUCCAUUUUUGCCAAUGGCUGCUUCAUCUUCUGGGCACCGGAGAUACAGAUGUUUUGAUGAUUCUUCCGAGGAUGUGAUCCUUAGUAGUGAUGAAAAUUGUGUCUCCAUAUGGAGCUUUUCUUUCACCAACAGUGAUGAUGUUUCAGCUGCAAGUUUUGGGGAACUGAAUGACCAAAUUGACAGUAACAACCUCAACGGCUCUUGAUUGUAUGCAGUGUCUUUUACGUAGCAAUGGCAACCGCAAAUUUUAGCCGUCAGAUACCUCAUACGCCACUCUCGAAAUGACAAUGUACAGCAGUAUAGUAUUAGGUCACUUUAGUACCGACACAACUGAUCAUAGCUCUAGUUUUUUGAUUUGGGGAUACUAUGAAUGGUUGACAUGACUGCAACAGGUAUUAGUGAGAAGCAGAUUUUUCCCACACAGUUCAAUUUUCGUGAAAACUAAUAAUCUGCAUAGUAUCUGGUGGGCUGUUUUUUCCCCUUUAAUAAUUA